AUGUCAGCAGUUCAAUCAGUCGGUGCUACUACCAAGUUAAAUCAACACGAAAUAUUACCAGCUCCUUCAGAUGUUGGAGCAUUGGCCAACAGGAUUAACCAUGAAACCAAAGCAUUACACAAUAAUAUUAACAAGUUGAUAACAUUGAAGUUGGUAUUGGCAUACAGAGAUUCGAGAAUAUACCGUCAGGGACUACAAAGUUUCUAUCAUGUUUUUGCUACGGUGGAAAGAAGUUUGAUGAAGCAAUUUGAAAAAGACGAUGAGUGGACGGAGCUCUUGAAGCAAGUGUGGAAGCCGGAAAUGGGCAGAACCGAUAAGGCUGAACAGGAUUUGAUGUUCUACUACGACGACAGAAGGGAAAAGUUUGAGAGUCCUAUUAUGAGUGAGCAGAUCAAGUUUGUUGAACAUAUCCAGAAGGUAACAGCUGAAAAGCCAUAUUUGUUUAUAGCGUAUUUACACGUUAUGUACUUAGGGUUAUUUGCCGGGGGCAGAAUUAUGAGAUCGUCAAUCUCUAGGGCCACCGGGUUGUUCCCACAAAAGGAUGGCUUAAAGCACGAGGACAUCAUCAGAUUAGGGGCUAACUUCUACACCUUUGACGUCGCCGACGAAGAUGCAUUCAGAUUAAUCUACAAGAGGGACUACGAACUUGUGACCAGAUCUGCCUUGACCGAAGAACAGAAGGUUGAAAUCAUCGAAGAAUCCAAGUACAUUUUUGCUCAAAACGCCAAAUGUGUUUCCGAGAUUGAACAACACAACAUCGCGAGAAUGUCCAAGAAAUGGGCUUACAUCGCUGCUACCAAGGGCUACUAUGUCGUCUUAGCAUUAGCUGCAUUAUUGGUUUUAUUCUACAUCAGAAGAAUCAUCUUACACUUACUUUAA